AUGUUGAAAUCAGAAACACAACUGCCUGCAAUCAUAGAAUCUGAUAAUACAACAAGUAUAGAAGUCAUAUCGUUGGAUCAAAAACUGUCUACAGCAUUCUGUAAAAUAUGCUAUUCUGGAGGAAGUUGUGAACAAUUAAUACAUCCUUGUUUUUGCAAAGGAUCGGUUGGUAAUAUACACCUAACAUGUUUAGAGCGAUGGAUCAAUGAAUGUGGUAUUGAUCGGUGUGAACUAUGUCUUUUUCAAUUCACGUCUGACCAGACACGCCGAUACACAGUUUGGCAAUCUUUAGUGAUUUGGACAAGAAACCCAGUCCAUCGAAGCUUACUAAUUUCAGACUCUAUAGUCAUGGUUGUACUAACGAUUGUGAUGGCUUGUCUGAUUACAUCUGUGGUAAUGGGCAUGACAGUAUUUAGUACUUCGAAGUCUGACAGCAGGUUUUCUGUUUUGAGAAAAAUUAUAUUUUCCAUCUGUCUAAGGUCUUUCUCUAUUCGACCGAAAACUUGGUCCGGUGGCAUAUAG